AUGGCAGCAUUUACAGUCACGCCUGUAAUCCCCUGCAUCUUCCAAUCUCUAUCUCCUUCUCACCGUUGUGAAUUGGAACGACACCGUUGUGAAUUGGACCGACAAUGCCAUGCCUGGAAGCAUUCCACUCAAUUUUCUCAGCUGAAUUUCGCCAAAAGGAAGAUGAGGAGAAAUUUGGUCUUUGCUGUCAGUGGAAAUGCGGAGGAAUCAUUCAAGAAGACUCUGGAAAUUGACAGACUUAUCGAUUUGCUGAGGGACGCAAAUGACAAGGAACUCCCACAGCUUGUUGCUGAAAACAUUCUUGCCUUUAACGAGGGCUUUUGGAUAAGACUUGCAGCUCGAACGGAAACAUGCAAAUCUGAGGAUGAUAAAAAAGACUAUGAGGAAUUGGCUGCAUUGGUAAUGAGUGUGGUUGACCGUCUUGUCCAUAAGACCAAUGAGAAAAUAGAAUCAGCUACUGAUGUGCUGAAGGCAAUUCUAAAACCAGUUGUUGAUGAAGUUGAAGAGAUAUGUUGGCCUCCAAGGAAUCCUGAGGCUCUAGAUCUUAUGAAGAGAGAAUUGCAUCAAAGGGAGCAAGAAGGACAGCUGGAUGAAGGGUUUUUAUCAGAAGUUUCAGCUCAGUUACGGCAAGCCAAAGAGGAUGGAGACAAGCCAGGGCUCGAGGCUAUGUUGCAAAAGGUUCUGCAACUCUAUGCUUCCAGAGUUCUCUCAAAGCGAACUUACGCUAAAAAGGGGAAGGAAGUGUUGAGAGAUGAGCUAUUCCUUGAGACCUUAAUUACAGCCCCAGAGGAAGAGUGGAAUAAGAUGUUGAUUGAUGGUAUGACCAUUGGCAAAGGGGAAAUCUCACCCGAGGAACUGGAUGCUGUCAUUAAGAAACGCAUUGAAAGGACGCUGAUCCGGACGGAAGGAGGUUCAUACCAGCAGCGGGUUCUUGUGGAGUACUUAAAAGGCAUUCAAUCCAGAGCUGAGGAGAUUGUUAAAUUCCUGCAAGGGAAGUCACAAUAG